AAUACAAUUUUAAAAAUAAUAUGCCUACUGUAGGAAAGAGUCUCCGUGUGUGGGGUAAGAGAAGGACAUGAUAGAAGACAUACGUCCAUUGACUGCAUGUCUUGCCCCUCGCUUCCUUGCUGAAUUCAGUCUUUCAGCCUUGGGGAUUGGCCAACUCAGCUCUGAAACCCUCGGGGACUCACAAACUUCCUGCGUGGGGCUCCUCCUGCUCGGAGGAGGGUAUGGGUGAGCGUAUCUAGGGAUGCAGUGUGAAUGAGGACUCCUCUCGCCUCCAGUUGCACUCAACCCAAGAGGUGCUGCAGGGACCGGAGCAGACCUGCGCUCGCCCCAGCGUUUCAGCAGCGGACUGCUGGACAGCGCCCCGAGGACUUCCGCAGUUGGUCAGGUACUUCGGUGAAUCCCGGAGGCACACACCUUUGUUCUCCAGAGGGUCGUCCUCAGCUUAAGGGAAGCUACAGAGGAGCAUCAAAGAAGAAAGAAGACUCGACUGCUUUUCUUUUUGUUCGAAUUUAAAUCACGAGCCAGCGAUUUCUGUGAAUGGAGCCCUUCUAAAGGCGAAGCUCCGUUGCGCGCUCUCAGGCUUCUCCCCCCACCCGCGGCUCUGCGCAGCGGGGUGACCCUGUCCCCAGGGAGCAGCAAACUUCUGGGGACCCGAGGGAAAUCGAUUAAACAUUAAGACGUGUCCAUUGCACUUUUAGAGGCACGUGGGCGCAUGCAGACUCCCGAGGGCUCCCCAGGAAAAGAAACUAUGCCUCUUUCCAACCUCUCCACGGUCACCGAGGCCAACGAGAGCGAUUUCAUUCCAGAAGCGUGGGAAAGAGAUCUCCUGCCUGGCUCGGAUGGGACCACGGCGGAACUGGUGAUCCGCUGUGUGAUCCCGUCCCUCUACCUGCUCAUCAUCACGGUGGGCUUGCUAGGCAACAUUAUGCUGGUGAGGAUCUUCCUCACCAACAGCGCCAUGAGGAGCGUCCCCAACAUCUUCAUCUCCAACCUGGCGGCCGGCGACCUGCUGCUGCUGCUCACCUGCGUCCCCGUGGACGCCUCGCGCUACUUCUUCGACGAGUGGAUGUUUGGCAAGGUGGGCUGCAAGCUCAUUCCCGCCAUCCAGCUCACCUCGGUAGGGGUUUCCGUGUUCACGCUCACCGCCCUCAGCGCUGACAGGUAUAGAGCCAUUGUAAACCCCAUGGACAUGCAGACAUCAGGAGCGGUGCUGUGGACCUGCAUGAAAGCUGUGGGGAUCUGGGUGGUCUCUGUGUUGUUGGCAGUCCCAGAAGCUGUGUUUUCAGAAGUGGCACGUAUUGGCAAUGUGGAUAACAGCAGCUUUACAGCAUGUAUACCCUACCCACAGUCAGAGGAACUUCAUCCAAAGAUUCAUUCAGUGCUCAUUUUUCUCGUCUAUUUUCUUAUACCACUUGCUAUUAUUAGCAUUUAUUACUAUCACAUUGCAAAGACCUUAAUUAAAAGUGCACAUAAUCUUCCUGGAGAAUACAAUGAACAUACCAAAAAGCAGAUGGAAACACGGAAACGCCUGGCCAAAAUAGUGCUAGUCUUUGUGGGCUGCUUUGUCUUCUGCUGGUUCCCAAACCACAUACUCUACAUGUAUAGGUCUUUCAACUAUAAGGAAAUUGACCCUUCACUAGGUCACAUGAUUGUCACAUUAGUUGCCCGGGUGCUGAGCUUUUGCAAUUCUUGUGUCAAUCCAUUUGCCCUUUAUCUACUCAGUGAAAGCUUCAGGAAACAGUUCAACAGCCAGCUCUGUUGCGGGAGGAAGUCCUACCGGGAGAGAUCAACCAGCUACCUGCUCAGCUCCUCAGCAGUGCGAAUGACUUCUCUGAAAAGCAAUGCUAAGAACAUGGUGACCAAUCCCGUCUUACUAAAUGGACACGGCACAAAAUAGGAAAUAGCACUGUGACUCGAGGCCAUUCAACUCACUCUUCAAAACGACCUUCCCACCUUUUCUCUUCUGACUGAGUAGAGCAGAAUUAAAUAACUUCUACACUCUUAACUGAUGCUUGGCUAAUUCACUACAAGAUUUCAUGACUGACCCAGAAGGAAGACAAACACUUUUAAUAAAAAAAAUUAAAUUACAUUACACACACAUGUAUAUUACAUACAAAUAUUUUUUAUUUUAAACAUGAUUUAGAAGGUAAUUUUACAUAUAUAUACACAUCAAUAUUCCCUUAGGGUUUAAAAACAA